UGGCUGGCAGCCUCAGAGGCUCUGCCACAAAUCCAUCAGUUGGCUGAAUCUCCUGCAGUCUGAUACAGGAAGGAAGACCUGGUUCAUAUCUAGGCACAACAGCAAAUAGGAAUCAACCUGAUGUUUAUGUUGACAGGGCAACAAGUGGCAGUUGCAGCCCCUUGGAAUACUGCUGGCUUAUUCUGAGCAUAGUUCAAAUACCCCCAAAGACAAACCACAGAAGCAGAUGGAUCUCUGAAAUUACCCUGCUACUUCCCCUUUAAUACCAUUUGAAACAGAUCUGCAGACGCUUUAAGACAACAGCAUAAGAGUUCCCGUGGAAGUGGUUGCCAACUGAGACACCAAGACAUCCCAGGUUCUACAACAGCCAUAUGUUAAAGAUCUGACAACAGAGAAACUGAAAGGUCAGGAAGAUAAGCACUUAUUGCCCAGAAACAUGUCUAUGAAUAAUUCUCCAAACAUAUUUUCCACACCAAAUCUGAACAGAUUUCAGGUCAAUGUCAUCAAUGAAAACCAUGAGAAUACAGCACCAUCUCAGAGAGAUUCUGAGUCCCAAUGUUAUGAAGAGACAUCCUUUGCUGAUGAGACCAGUAACAGACUCCGAAUCAGCUACAGACCUGGACAUCGUGAAGUAUAUGACAAUUUGUUUCAAAAUGGGGAUCCAGCUAAAACAGAUGGAAGUUUUCACCCCUACAAUACCCAUAGUAACACGUAUUACUUGAAAACAUUUGGUCAUAACACAAUAGAUGUCGUGCCUAGAAUUGAUUAUUAUCGGAACACUGGCAGCAUCAGCGGGGUCAAAAUGAACAGGCCAAGUCUGAUGGACAUUCACGAACAGUUAGCAAAGAAUAUUGCAGUGUCUUCUGGUUCAGCUGAUAAAGUCACCAAAACAGAUGGCAAUGCAGGAAAUGGUGAAUGCAACACAGAAGAAACCAAAGGAGGCUUUGUGAAAUUUGGAUGGAUGAAGGGUGUCCUGGUCAGAUGUAUGCUGAAUAUCUGGGGUGUGAUGCUGUUCAUUCGUCUUUCCUGGAUUGUAGGUCAAGCCGGAAUUGGUCUUGGAGUCGUAGUUAUUUGCCUGAGUGUGGUAGUAACAACAGUAACAGGUAUCUCCAUGUCUGCCAUAUGUACAAAUGGAGUUGUAAGAGGAGGUGGCGCAUAUUACCUCAUCUCCAGAAGCUUAGGACCUGAGUUUGGAGGUUCCAUUGGUCUCAUCUUUGCCUUUGCCAAUGCUGUGGCAGUAGCUAUGUAUGUGGUUGGGUUUGCAGAAACAGUGGUGGAGCUCCUCAAGAGCAGUAAUGCAGUAAUGGUAGAUGCAACCAAUGACAUCAGGAUAAUAGGUGCCAUAACUGUAGUACUUCUUCUGGGUAUUUCUGUGGCUGGUAUGGAAUGGGAAUCCAAGGCUCAGGUUGUUCUCUUAGUUAUCCUGCUUGUUGCUAUCGUGAAUUUCUUCAUUGGGACUGUCAUUCCAAGCACCAAUGAAAAGAAGGCAAGAGGCUUUUUUAAUUAUCAAGCCUCAAUAUUUGCAGAAAACUUUGGACCAGAAUUUAGAGGCGACGAAGGGUUUUUCUCUGUAUUUGCCAUUUUCUUCCCUGCAGCCACAGGCAUUCUUGCUGGGGCCAACAUCUCUGGAGACCUUGAGGACCCACAAGGUGCGAUUCCCAAAGGAACAAUGCUGGCCAUUCUGCUCACAACCAUUGCUUAUCUAGGUGUAGCGAUCUGUGCAGCUGCUUGCGUCGUACGUGAUGCUACUGGGAAUGUCAAUGAUACUGUUGUAUCUGGAAUGAAUUGCAAUGGAUCAUCCGCCUGUACCCUAGGCUAUGAUUUCUCCAGCUGUAAAACCCAGACAUGUGAUUACGGGCUGAUGAAUAAUUUCCAGGUUAUGAGCAUGGUUUCCGGAUUUGGUCCCUUAAUCACUGCUGGAAUAUUUUCUGCAACACUUUCCUCAGCACUAGCUUCACUUGUCAGUGCACCCAAGGUUUUCCAGGCCCUCUGCAAGGACAACAUCUACAAAGCACUCCACUUUUUUGCCAAAGGAUAUGGGAAAAACAAUGAACCAAUUAGAGGAUACAUCCUUACUUUCUUCAUUGCCAUGGCCUUUAUCUUGAUCGCUGAGCUGAACACCAUUGCUCCGAUCAUCUCCAACUUCUUCUUGGCUUCCUAUGCACUUAUCAAUUUCUCCUGCUUCCAUGCUUCAUACGCAAAAUCUCCAGGUUGGAGACCUGCCUUCCAAUACUACAACAUGUGGGUGUCCCUUUUUGGAGCUGUGCUGUGCUGUGCAGUCAUGUUUGUCAUCAACUGGUGGGCAGCUGUCAUCACUUAUGCUAUUGAGCUCUUUCUGUACAUUUAUGUGACAUACAAGAAGCCAGAGGUAAAUUGGGGAUCAUCGUCACAGGCACUGUACUAUGUCAGUGCUGUUGACACUGCACUAGAAUUAACAACAGUGGAUGACCAUGUCAAAAACUUCAGGCCUCAAUGCAUAGUAUUAACAGGCGGACCCAUGACAAGACCAGCUUUGUUGGACAUCACACAUUCAUUCGCAAAGAACAAUGGGCUAUGCAUAUGUUGUGAAGUAUAUACAGGCCCACGCAAGUUGUGUGUGACAGAGAUGAACACUGGCAUGGCAACGAAGCAAGCUUGGCUGACAAAGAACAAGCGGAAAGCCUUUUAUGCAGCAGUGGCAGCCGACAGCUUUAGAGAUGGAGUCAAAAGUCUCCUCCAAGCUUCUGGUCUGGGCAGAAUGAAGCCUAAUACUUUAGUGCUUGGAUUUAAAAAGGAUUGGAGAUGUGCUAGUGCCGCACAAGUUGAAAACUACAUGGGUGUAUUACAUGAUGCAUUCGAUUUUGAAUUUGGUGUGAUAAUUGUUCGAAUUAGCCAAGGGUUUGACAUAUCACAAGUCCUCCAGGUUCAAGAGGAACUGAAGAAGCUGGAGGAGGAGAGGCAAGCCCUAGAAGCUACCAUUAAAGACAAUGAAUUUGAAGAAAGACAUGCAGGCAUCCGCGGAUUCUUUAGAAAAGCCACCAAGCUCAACUUUACAAGGACUAUGCCCAAAAAAGAAAGCAGCAUUAACACAAUCUCAUCAAUGCAUGUGGGUGAAUACAAUCAACGGCUGCUCGAAGCAAGCACUCAGUUCAAGAAGAAGCAAGGAAAUGGAACCAUUGAUGUGUGGUGGCUGUUUGAUGACGGAGGGUUAAUACUUCUCAUUCCCUACCUGCUUACUCUUCGGAAAAAAUGGAAGGAUUGUAAAUUGAGAAUCUUUGCUGGUGGAAAAGUCACUCGCCUUGAAGAGGAAAAGCUAAAAAUGGCUUCUCUUUUGAGUAAAUUCCGAAUAAAAUUUGCUGAUGUUAACAUAAUUGGUGACAUCAAUAUGAAACCCAACAAGGAGAGCUGGAAAUUCUUUGAAGAGAUGAUUGAACCCCAUCGCCUUCAUGAAAGCUGCAAAGAUUUAACAACUGCCGAGAAAUUAAAGAGAGAGGCACCAUGGAAAAUCACUGAUGCAGAACUAGAAGCAUUCAAGGAAAAGAGCUAUCGUCAGGUCCGUUUGAAUGAACUUCUACAGGAACACUCUCGGGCUGCUAAUCUGAUUGUUCUGAGCCUACCAGUUGGAAGAAAAGGAAUUGUAUCUGAUUACCUCUAUAUGGCUUGGUUAGAAAUUCUCUCAAAGAAUCUGCCUCCAGUUUUGCUCAUCCGAGGCAACCACAAAAACGUACUUACAUUUUAUUCUUAGCAAGCACCUCUGGAAA